AUGUUCGCACUCGCGCGGUUCGAGGACGUCCUCCGGCUCGCGCCGAAGAACCUCAGCCGGCCGCUCGAAGAGGCCAUCGCCGACAUCAUCGUGAGCACGUUCGUCAACAAGGUCGUGCCGGACGUCGGCCUGAUCGUCACCCUGUACGACAUCCUGUCCAUCAAAGGCGGGGACAUCCACGCGGGCGAGAGCUCCCCCAUGUACACGUGCGUGUUCCGCCUGGUGGUGUUCCGCCCGCUCGUCGGGGAGGUCCUCAACGGGCAGGUCAAGCGCUGCACGCGCGCGGGCGUACAUAUGACGUUGGGGUUCUUCGAGGACAUAUUAAUUCCCGAACACUGUUUGCAAGAACCUUCCAUCUACGCCCAGGCGCAGGACGCGUGGCUGUGGAAGUACAACGGCAACGACAUGUACAUGGACGUGGGCGAGACGGUGCGCGCGCAGGUGAUGGAGGUCGCGUUCCCGGCGUGCCCCACGCCGCAGGCGCUGCACGACGCCGCCGCGCAGGGACGUGCAGACCCCGGCACCGCUAGCAACCCCUUCGCGCCCAUGACAGUCGAGGGCUUUGUGAACGGCAGCGGGCUGGGGAUGGCGUCGUGGUGGGAGGACGCGGGCGGCGGGGACGAGGACGGCGGCGCGGAGGGCAGCGAGGGACAGCCGCUCUCCGAAGACGCGGGCUAG